AUGGCAGCACCAGAAGAGAUUGUCAUGGAGGAGGUGUCUAGAAGGAGGUCAAUGGUUCGAAGAGAGGAGGGUCAAGGAAGCAGUGGCAGAAACAUACAUGCCCCUGUUAUGGAGGAGUUAAGCAUUCAAAUCGAUCCAACUGGUGACAAUGAAUGGCUAAGAUCCUUAGCCAACGAAGGGGGUGUAUCCGGGGACAGCGCAUUGGCGAAUCCCAAGAUACAGAAGGUUCCACCAAUGCUUCGUGGGAUCGAAUCCAACAAGAAGUGCUAUGAUCCCCUCGUCGUUUCAAUCGGUCCCUUCCACCAUGGCAAGUCCGAGCUCGAACCUAUGGAGAAGCAUAAAGAUUAUCUGGCAAAGCAAUAUGCCAAAAAAUGUAAGGUAUCAUUGCAAGAGCUACACAAAAGGUUGGAAGAGGUGGUGGAGAGUGCGAGGAAAUGUUACACCGAGGACUCAACACAAUCCUUUGAUGAUAAGGCAUUUGCUCGUAUGAUGUUCCUCGAUGGUUGCUUUCUUCUCCAAUUCAUCUACUGUUUGGUCCAUGGUAACCAUAAAGAUUUGAAGAUGAAAAGCCAUGAUAUGGCUUUUGUGCGUCGUGAUUUUUUCUUACUGGAAAAUCAAUUACCCUUUCAAGUCCUCAAAGUGUUGAUGAAUUGGAGGUUUGAAAGGAAUGAAGGCGAAAAAAUUAUCACUAUGUUCAUAAACCGCUCGAGGGCACAACAAGAAGGCCUUCUAGGGCUCGAGGAGAGAUCAGAUCGUGACCAUUUACCAACACAUCUUCUUGAGAUAGUUCGAGAACAACUCAUUGAUGUUAGUGCUUUUUAUGAAGGAGGGUGUUACCUAAGGGGUGAGUGGCUCUCCUACCGCUCGGCCAAGGAGCUUAGGACUGUAGGGAUCCAUUUCAAGCGAAGCGAGAGCCAACGUUUUUCAGACAUCAAGUUCGAAUCUUCUGGCUUCUUCUCUUCACACCUCAGGCUUCCUCCAAUCACCAUCGAUGACUCCACCAAGUCGAAGCUUCUCAACUUGGUUGCCUACGAAGCUUGUCCUGACACUCCUGACGACUUUGGGGUCACCUCUUAUGUUUGUUUCAUGGACUCAAUCAUUGAUCAUGAUAAAGAUGUGGAGGAGCUAAGGUCCAAGGGGAUACUCCUCAACUUCCUCGGCAGCGACGAACAGGUGGCUGAUCUGUUCAAUGAGAUUGCCACAGAUCUGGUGCCCAACCCUCAUGGUUAUGCCCAUGUUAAAGAGUGCAUUGAAAACCAUUAUAAGAACAAAACGAAAGUUUGGAUGGCUGAAUGGAGACAUGCUCAUUUCAGCAGUCCAUGGACAGUCAUUACUUUUGUUCUUGCAAUUUUUGCCAUUUUAUUGAGUGUCACGCAGACUAUCCUAGCUGUCUUCCAGACAUUCUUUACAUGACAGGAGACUACAUGACAGAUUAGGACCGUCAAAAGCAUCGCUAAUCGGGGUGCUAAUUGGUAUAAAUUUCAACUAUGGUAUCUGCAAAAUGCCCAUGACCCCAUCCCGGAAAGCUUCGAGUUUGUAUGCACUUCUUUGGUUUAUUUCGUUGUUGGGGGUAUUUUCAUAAGUUUGAUUGUUAUAAUUGUUUUUAACAGUAAU